AUGAAGAAAACCUUUAUAACUUUCAUUCUAUUGAUCGUUGUAGCCAUUUCUUCGAAAUUAGAAGCAUCAGAGCUCCGAACUCGAGGUAUUGUUGCACAAAUAGAUAGGGCUGACAUACAAUGAAGCAUAUAAUAUAGAUGUUUCUCGCUUGAGUUGCCAUGCUAAUUUCGAUUUCAUCAUUGCUGAAUUAGAGAGAUGGAUUGAUAUCAUUGAUAAUCGAGAGUAAUUGAUAAAAGAUUUAGCGAUAAUCAAUACAAUCAUAAAUAUAGUUGAGAAAGCAAAAGGCACGAUGUCUGCAAUUCAUUCAACUAUGUUGGUGGAAAUAUAAUAAAAAAUUGAAUAGUCUCUUUAGAAUAUUUUUAUUCAAAAUAAGUGGGCUGCCUGCAGAGUCGAAGAUGCUCUUGAAUAUGUUGGCUAAUUGAAUGCUACAUAAAGUAAAAUGAAAAUAUAUAGUAGCAAAUUAGGAGAAAAUAUAAUUGGCAAAUUAAAUUAUUGCUCAUUUGAGAAAGACUUAAGAGCAAAUAUAUCAAUAUUUGAAUCAGUGUUAAUAUGUUUAGAGAACAUUAAAUUUGAGAUAAAAAGUUACAUAACUUAACACGUUAAGGAGAUUAUGCUAAUAGGAUAUCAAAAAGGUAAGAAGAAUUUUUGAAAAUGAACAGGAUUCAGAAGAGGAUAUUAUUUACUAUGAUGAAAUACCAGGAGAAAUAAUAUAUUAUUAUUUUGAAGAAGAGGAUUUAGAAUCACUAAUUGAUGAUUUUGAUAAUGAACCAUAUCAUUAGAUUUAUAAAAAAUAAAGUGAUCAAUUGAAUAAGGAUGAGUCAAAUGAUAUAAAUUAGGAAAUUAAAAGUAAUUAAAGAUAUAUUGCUUUGGGGCAUGAGAUUGAUGGAAAAUAGAAGAACUCUGGUGAUGAUAAUUUGAAUAAUAAUGAAAUUUAAAAUUCUGAGUCUUAAAAAACCGAAACUGAAACUGAAAUUGAAAAUGUCAUAUAAGCUGUAAAAGUUGUCAAAGUCGAAGAUUUAGAUAAUUAGGAAUAUCAUUCAUCUGAUACCAUUAUUUCAAAUGAUAAUAAUAAUUAAGGAGAAGGAGAAACCUAGAUUGAAGAAAAAUUUAAUACAAUUUAAUCCUCAAAAGUGUAAAGAUCCUCUGAAAGUGGUAAUAAACAAAUAGAAGCAUAAAAUUAAUCAGAUGAUGGAGACAUUUAAGUUGAAGAAAAUUUUAAUUCAAUUUAAUCGACAAAAGUGCAGAGAACCUCUGAAAGUAGUGAUAACUCAAUAUAAGAAGAAAAUCAAUCAGAUGAAGGAGAAACUCAAGUUGAAGAAAAAGUCGAUACAAUUUAAUCUACAAAAGUGUAGAGAACCUCUGACAGUAGUCAAUCAGAUGAAGGAGAAACCGAGGUUGAAGAAAAAUUUGAUACAAUUUAAUCGACAAAGGUUUAGAGAACUGACAAUAGUCAAUCAGAUUAAGGAGAAGCUGAGGUUGAAGAAAAAGUUGAUUCAAUUUAAUCGACAAAGGUUUAGAGAACUUCUGAAAGUAAUAAAAAGCCAUUAGAAGAACAAUCAGAACCAGAAGACCCUAAGAAAAUAAGAUAAUAAUAAAUUGAGGAUGAGAGAUCAUUCAAAAUAUAAUCAUUCAGAGAAGACAUUGAUGUAAAUGAACCAACUGCCUUCCAACCACCAAAACAUAAAGCUAAUAUCGGAAGGGUUUAAGAAAGAAAAAUUGUGGCUGUAAAUACAAAAUAUUAGGAUUCUGAAUUCGAUGGAGAAGCUACAGAAUAGUUUGAAUUUAAUGAUAGAGCAUUAUUAUAAGAUUCAUCUGAGUAUGGUUAUGGUUAUUGGGUGAGAUAUUGUGAACAUGGCACUAAAGAGCAUGCUAGAGAAGAGGGAGAGUAUUAUUUCCUUUCUAGAAUGACUACAAAUGAGGAGUUUGAAGAUUUUUCAUUUUAUGGGGAUAGAGCCUUAGCUAUUUUUCUAUUUGAUAAUUCUUUUGUGUUUAGUACCUAUGAUACAAGUGACAAGGUAAAAACUAAGGAUAAGGCUAUAGUACUAAACGAGAACAUGGAUGGAAUGUGGUAUUUUGUGAUGUUCUCGUAUAGCAGUCCUUUAAGAAAGGCUGUAGGAUAUGUUGCUAGCUAUGGAGAAGGGAAUGGAAUUUACAGAGUUGAAAUUGAUGCAACUCACAUUCCUCCUUCUUACAUAAAAAUGAUAUUUGGGGGCAAACAUUUGGAUUAUUAUGGAUUAAAUGGUUAAUUUGCUAAUAUAUUUUAUGAUAUCGAUGCUCCAGCAUUUAUUGAUGGUGAUGAUGCUUUAGAUGAAGUGCUCAAAACAUUGAGUAAUCCCCCUUAGAAUGUUCCUGCAGUUAUUGAUGAGAAUAUAUUGACGAAACCAAAGUCUUUCAAUGGAAAUGAGAAGGGUGAGUCAUUCCAUUUUGAUCCACAAGAAUCAUAAUUAAUUAUUGAAGAAUAUGCUAUCGGACUAUGGUUUAGAUGGAUCGAUGAUCUAAGAGUAGAUGAACCUAAUACAUUUUAAAUUGUUAAUUUAAGAUCAAAUAAAAAUAAGACUCCAGGAAAAGGAGUUUUAGGAGAUAGAGCAUUAGAAUUGCAUCAUACUUUUGGAGGAGGAGCAAAAAGUGCAAUUUAUUUUAACACUUACACAAUUAAAGGGAAUAAAGCAAAAGGAUAAUCAUAUUUAUCAAAGACAGUAGAAAGUUAAGAGUUUAUUUGGACUUACGUAUACUUUGGUUAUGAUAAUGAUGGUGGUAGAGCUUAUGGUGCUCUUAUCAAACCAGGACAAGUAGGAGAAAUUCAAUUUGAAGGGAUCUAACAUAAAUUAGUAAACAAUUUAAUGGUAACCCUUGGUGGCGAUGACGUGAUAUCUCCAUUUAAUGGUAAGAUUGGAUAUGUUGGUAUAUAUUUGGGAACUGGAGCAUACAGAGAAGGACUAGACUUUGGAAUGACAUUUAACUAUGGAGAUGGAGUUAUGGCAGUUUAUUAAGUGGGUAAGCCUGUGACAUAUGUUGGUGGAGACAUAACUUCUGCGAGGUAUGUUCAAUAUGAUUCUGCCGAAAAUGUUGUUGAUAAGAUUAUAAUUCACAAUGAUGAAGGUAUGAAGAUUAAUGGGCAAAGUGAAUAUGCAUUUGGAAUGUGGACAAGAUGGUUAAGCACACUACCUAAAUAUUUGAAUAAAAGAGCUCCAAUCCACAAUAUAGCCAGAUUGGGAACUUAAGGGUAUGUGAUUGAUUCAAUCAAUGGAAAACUUGUGAGAUUAAAUGCUAACAGGCCAACUACACCAAAGGAUACAACUUUAUCUAUAGCACUAACGACUAAUUCUUAUGAAUUUAAAACCUUAGAAUAGAAAGAUGAACUUCCGUUUACAGUAUUGGAAGGUCGGUGGCAUUAUGUUUAUUUUGGAUACAAGAGACAUGCAGAUAAAGGAUUAGCCAAGGGGUAUGUUCAAUAUGGAGUUGAUGGGGAAGUAGAAGAAAUCAGUUUUGAUACAUAUCAUGAUUUUUUACUUGAAUAUGUAGAAUUCGUUAUUGGCAAAACAGCUGCUCCAUUAUUCAAUGGUGAAAUGGCUAGGAUUACUUUCUCCUUUGGACCAGGGUCGUUUAUUUCAACAACUGAUAUUUUGAAAUUAUAUACUCAAAAUUCUCUUCCAGAAAGUGCGUAUAUCCAUCCUAUUUCUAGACAAACAUUGCAAUUAGUUGGUGCUCCUCAAUAAAUUGAAGAAGAACCAAUCUAAUUCUAAUUCGAAAAGUAUCAAGGAGCUGAAGAAUAUGCAUUAUCAGGAUGGGUUAAAUGGAGUGGGCCUUUAAAAACUGGAAAAAUUGCUCAUCUUAUUACUAUGGCUUAAAAGAGAUUAGAUGAUUUAGAUGGCAAAAAUGAGGAAACUUUGCAAAUUACUAGGGGAGACCAAGCCUUUACUUUCAUUACUUACGAUCAAAAUGAAGAAGAGUAUAAAUUGGCUAGUCAUGAUGAAUAAUAUGGUGAAUAUGCAGAUCAAUGGACUUAUAUUUAUUAUGGAUUCUCUCAAUAAUUAAGAAAAACGUAUGGAUAUUUGAAGUACACAUUUACAGAAAGUGAAUUCAGAUAAGAAGAAGUCAAUCAUUUUUACUUGGCUGUGUUUUCAGUAUUAAUUUAAGAGAAAUAAUAAUUUUCUUAGUUUAUAGGUUAAAUUAAGACAUGGGUGAUUAAUGUUGGAGAUGGUGCUUUUAGGGAAGGUGGCUUUGAUGAAAAUGAAAACAUCAAAGUUCAUUUCGGAUUCAUUAGUGGAACUGAUCAUAUCAAAUUAUAAUAGGCUGGUUAAGAAGCCCAUAACGAAGAGACUAUUUUAGAGUGUUCAUCUCAAAAUAAAGAAGUUCCCUUAAAAAUUGAAUUUGAACAAAGUGAUAAGUUACAUUUACAUGGUGUUAGUGAAUAUGGUUAUGGUUAUUGGGUUAAAUUUUAAUACUUCUCAAAUAAAAACACAAUAUACAGCAGACCACAAUUAAUGGGAUUGAGCAGAUUAACAACUAAUAGAGAGUACAAAGACUUUGAUGCCCCAGGAGACAGAGUGCUUUUAAUAUUAUUAGGAAAGUCCUCAUAUCAUUUUGCAACAUAUGAUGUCAUUACAAAAUCAAAUAAUGUUGCUGGAGAUAUUCCCUAUGAAAUCGAAUCCGAAAGUGAAUGGACCUAUCUCUAUUUCAGUUAUAAACGUAUCUCAUAAACACAAGGACAUGCAAUGGCAUUCUCCAAUUUUAAACAAAUUACUUCAGGAAUUUAGAUGGAUGUUAUGCAUUCAUUAUUGAAUGAUUAUUUGUAAUUAAUUAUUGGUAAUGCAGGAAAAUAUUAUUCAACAUUCAACGGUCAGAUCACAACAAUUCGUUUCAAUUUGGGACCAGGAUCUUAUGUUGACUCAAAAUUAGGUUUGUUACAAAGGAUAAAAAAUAAGGACACUAUUCCAGAUACUCUAUCACCAACUAAGAAUUAUGAUGUUUUAAUAGGAAAGCAUGAUGUGGCUACAAUAGAAGAAGAACACCAUAUCACCCAUAUAAAUGAAGAGGCUAGAGAGUACAGCAUCUAAUUGUGGUUUAGAUGGUUCAAAUAGUCAGUCAAAACACAAUAAUUGAUAUAUAGAUUCACAUCCACAAAUCCUGACAGCUUAGCAGAUGCAUAAAAAAUAGGAGAUAGGACUUUGGCUCUGUUUCAUACAGAUGGCAUAGAGUUCGGUACUUACAGUUUAAAUCCAUUUUCUUUAUCAAAUUCAUAUGAAGUUUAGAUUCCAUCAUAGUAAUUGGAAGUAUGGACUUUUGUCUACUUUGGAUAUUCAAAGCAUCAUUAGAAAGUCAGUUAUUAUUUAUAGGCUGAUGAAGAUGAACAUAAAGGAUUAGAGGUUGCUUUGCACGCAGUUUCAUCAAACUAUUGGUUAUUUUUAACAAAGGAUGCUUUGAUCAAACCCUUUGAUAGUAGACUAGCCUAAGUUAUUUUAAAUAUAGGUGAUGGCAGUUAUAGAGAAGACAAUUUUCAUACUCUUUAAGUUUAUUUGGCGGCAUCAAAAUUAUUUAGCUCUGAUAACAAAUUUGAUUGGGAAGCGGAGGAUACAAUAACAUUGGUAUCAAGUGAUCCUGAGAAAUUGGGAUAGAAGAUUACAUUUGCUGAACCAGACAGAUAAAUAGAGAGCGUUUAAGAAUAUUCGGUUGGUUUAUGGGCUAGAUAUUUAUAAGCUUGGCCAGAGAGGUAGUGGCAUACACCAACAGAAAUGCAAAUUUUCAGACUCACAUAUAAUGAUGAAAGAGAUAGUGGUAGAAUAGCAAUUGGAGACAGGGUUUUGAGUGCUUAUGUUAUAUUGGAUAAUUAUCUAUUUGGUACUUAUGAUUUAAAUGAUGAUGCUCCGAAUGAAAUCAGCACUAUACCCUAUUCACACUUAGAAGGUUAAUGGCACUACAUUUAUGUUGGUUAUAAGAGGUAAUUGUAGUAAGCAAAUUAUUUUGUGUUCAAUGGAGAGGAGAUUAAAUAUGCUACAAAUGAGAAAUUGUUGCAUAAACCUCUCGGUGAUUAUGUAAAUUUGAUUUUGGGAGGAGAAAAUGACAUAUCUCCAUUCUAAGGAUUAUUGACGUAAGUAGCUGCUCAUUUUGGAGUCGGAUCAUUUAUAAAUGAUGGGGAUGAAUUAUUGAAAUCAAUAGACUCUAGUUUUGCCUUACCUUAAGAAUUGACAGUUGAAUACAUUCACAAGCAGAAACAUGGUUAAUAAUAGUUGAUUGGAGAAGGGGACAACAAUGAUGGUAGUGAAAGCACUGGAGACACUUGGAGUGGAGUAGGUGAAUAUGCUAUAUCUGGUUGGUUUAAGAUCUCAGAGACUUAAGUAAAAAAAGAAGGAGAGAUUAAUUCUAAUUGUUAAUUAUUGUUUAGAAUCACUAAUAAUGAUAAAGAGCAUUUGAAUGAUCGUAAAUUAUAAGGAGAUAGAGCAUUGCAUGCUUAGAUAUGCGCAGGUGAUACAAUUAAAUUGAGUACCUACACUCUUAAAGGACUAAAAGAUUGGAAUGAGGCUAAAUUCCUGGAGGAAAAGGUUGAACUUAUUGAAUCAAAAAAGGCAUGGUCGUAUAUUUAUAUGGCUUAUAAUGAAGAUGCAGGUCAGAUUCACACAUUGUUGCACCUAUUUGCAGAAGACAAACCAGUCAUUUUCAAUGGAGUCUAGCAUUUUGUGCCUCAUUUUAUUGGUAUUUAUGUUGGAAGGGAUCCACAUUCCAGAAAAUUCUAAGGUGAUCUUUAAAAAUGGGUUGCUCAAUAUGGAUAAGGGGCAUUUGUUGAUGUUUUGAAGAAAGGAUAUUAAGACAAUUUACCUAACUUUAGACACAUUUAGAUCAAUCAAAAACAUCUGUGGUUUGAAAAAGAGAAUCGCAUAAUCCAAACUCCUGAAAAACUGGAAGUAACCUUUACAGAAGAGACAGAAUCUGUUGAUGAAUAUGCCGUAGGUGUUUGGACAAGGUGGCUGAUUGCAUUCCCUACUACUUUAAUUGAUAGAUCAGAUGUGCAUACAAUUUUUAGGUUCUCAAAUAAAAGAUAAUACUAAGAUAAGAGUGAAUUAGGAAAUAGAGUUUUAUCAGCAUUCCUCACAUAUGGAAAUUAUGAGUUCAGUACUUAUGAUGCAUCCAAACCAGCAAAUGCCGUUGAUGGUUAAUUGCCAUAUGAAAAUAUUGAAGGAGAAUGGACUUAUGUUUAUGCUGCCUAUAAAAAUAAAUAGUUCUAUGGAAUGGUAUUGUUUAAAGAACAACAGAAGGCAGCUCAUCUAACUUUAGAUGUUACUCACUAGGUGUUGACUGGAUAUGCACAUUUCGUAUUGGGAGCAAGUGAGUUUGGUUACAAGGCAUUUCAUGGCUGGUAUUUCGAUCCCAGGAUUUUCUUAGGUUCUGGUAGCUUCAUCAAUGACUCACAAAAAGUGGUUGAGAUGAUACAUAAAUUACAUCGCUCACUACCUGUCUUUCCACUACAAGCUGAUGAUUUCAUAUGGCCUGUUUCUAUGAUGGAUACAACCAAUUGGGAGGAUAUGGAUACUAAAAAGGAUAAACUCAAUUACGAAUUUGCAGAUAGGUCUUAGGUUCAUUCAUAUAGCUUUGGUUUUUGGUAUCAAACAGCUGUUUUAUUGCCUGAAAUGGAAAAUGAUUUUAGAGGAUUAGUGAGAUUAACUACCAAUAGUCAAGAUAUAGCGGGAGAUGAGAAAUUCAUAGGAGAUCGCACACUUGCUGUUUUUACAAAAACUGAUGAAUUGUUGGCCAGUACAUACACUAUAAAGGAUCCUUCAUUUGAACCAGUUUCCCAUUCAUUUGAAUUAAUAAAAAACUAAUGGACAUUUGUUUACUUUGGAUAUGAAAAAGGUCAUGCAAGAGCCUAUAUUUUAUUGCCUGAAGGACCUCAAGAAAAAGAGCUUUCGGUACAACAUAUCAUACCUAAUGAAUUCUAUUUACAUAUCAUCAAUGACAUCGGUCACCCUUCAUUUUGGGUAUUAUAUAGAAUUUAUGAUUUAGGGUAAAAUUUAUGGAUUGAAAGUCAAUUUUGGAUAAGGAAGUUACCUAGAAAAUCCAUUGGAACUAAUAGAGAAAUGGCCCUACGAUCCAAAAUAACAUCGAGACUAUGAUAAGUAAGGCUAAAAGACAUUAUGUAUAAAUGUUGUAGUUAUUUUAGCUAUUAAUUCUGCUAAAGUUUCAAAGUAGAAAUCAGAAGAAUUCAAAGAAUGA